GGGCCAACUAUUGUACAUGUGACGUAGGUCUAAUGGUAGUACAUGGAUUGAAGACAAAAACUACAAAUCCAAAUGAUCAGAAUGGAAAGAUUGUGUCCAAAGACAAGAGGGCAGUUCAGUUGUAGUUUGAGAAUGGUUGUGAGGAUCAAGUUGAGAACAACUAUGAAGGAGAUGAUAUAAAAGACAAUCAUAUGUUGGUGACAUGAAGUUAAGGUACUUCUUCAUUCAAGUGAAAAAAAGAGUAAUAUGGUAUGUUCCCACUGAAAUAAUAUCUGGUACACUCUUCAAUUUGUAAGUCACAUCCAAAAGGUUUGCUUCAACUGUAAGUGGACUGCAAUAAAUAGGAGCCAACUUUUCAAUGAAACCAAUGUCUUCAUGAGAUUGAACAUGAGUACAACCUGUAAUCAAAUCAAAAACUUCAAAAGAAAUACUUUAUGUCUCUGCAAAUAUGGAAAGAUGAUAGUUUAAAACAUGAAGUCACCUGGAUGGUUAUAAAAUAGAAGUGAUAAUGCAGUGGUAUGCUCGUCAGGUUGCCAACCAUCCAAGCCUUGUCAUCCUGUUUAUCUUUGCUUUGACAGGGACUUGUGUCAUUAUUGCUUUGACCACAAAUAAACUCCCAAAUUUUGAAAAUGCUUUGUUGGGUUUUGAACCUAGAGGUACAGUGUUAUCUCAGCGGUUAACAGCAUGGAAGAACUUGGAGGAGAACACAGGCUGGAUUAAUCAACCUCUGACCAUGCUGCUGAGAAAAGAUCCAGAUACUGUAGGCAUGGAUGACACCUAUUUCUCUGGCAAAGCUACAGCAAGUAAACAGAAGUUUGUCAGUGUGAUAAGAGGUAAUGCGAGUGACUGGCAGUCUGGUCCAUGGGUCGAACUAGAGGAGGGCAUAAACCAGAUAAAAGAAGAAGAACUGCCAGCAUACAGAGAACGUAGCUCAGGAAGACAGAGUCGCUAUUCUCCUGUUGGUGGAAGUUUCUUUUGUAAUGAUCCAGGACGAGACUAUGCGCAUGUGAUAAUUCAAUCUGUCAACCAUGAAAACCUAUUCACUCUGACAUCUUUAAAAUCAAUAUGUCAAAUUGAAGAGACCAAAUUAAGAAGCUCGGUGCACUUUGAAGAACUAUGUGAACAGACACCCUCCAAAUCUUGUUGUCGGAGCUGGUCUCUUGCGAACUAUGUAGCUUUACUAAGUAACAGGUCUUCCUGCCAUGAUAUAAGAGAAACAGACAUUGCAUCAGUGUUUGAACUGCUCAAGUCAUGUGCCAGAUACUACCACCAACUCAAGCUCAGUCAUGAUUGUACUGCUGGGUUGUGUCGGGAAGUUCCCCAAAGGUGCUUCCACUUCAAUGCAGUGUACAAUAUCUUCCAUUAUUUAACAGACAUUCAUUUCCUGAGCCCAGAAAACUUGCAUCUAAACACUUCUCAGCUUACUUAUACAAGUGUCUUCCUGCCACUUGCUCAGAGCACUGCUGCCAUGGAUUAUUUCAAAGACUUAGAAAAAGAGAAGCUUUCAGAUGGGGUUACAGAAGUUGUUGCCAUGGAGUUGGGUCUCAAGCAGACACUGUUCAAUGAAUGUUUACUGCAUGAUACAGUGAUAGGCCUAGCUGCGGGAGUAAUCUUCCUCUUCAUCUGGAUGUAUACUACAUCAUUUUUUGUGACAAUAAUGACAAUCGUGUCCAUAGCUCUCUCUCUUGGUGUUGCAUAUUUCUUCUAUACUACUGUGUACCAAGUUGAAUUUUUUCCUUUCAUGAAUCUCCUCGCACUUCUCAUAGCAAUAGGUAUAGGUGCUGAUGACUCGUUAAUCUACUGCAAGAUCUGGGCAUGUGCAAAAGCUGAAAAGAAUAAUAUGACUCUGGUAAAGCUUGUGAAGGACACACUUCAGCACUCAUGCUUAACUAUGUUUGUAACAAGUUUUACCACAGCUGCAGCUUUUUUAGGUAGCUAUGUCAGCAGUAUUACAGCUAUUCGUUGCUUCAGUCUAUUUGCAGGAACUGCUGUUCUAGCCAACUUCCUGUUGACUGUUUCCUGGCUUCCAGCCUCGGUCCUAGUUGCAGAAAAGUGGUGUUCGUGUUCUUGGUGUGUCUGCACUCCUCCAUUUGGUUUCUACUUACCCCAUUUUCAACAUAUAUCCAUUUGUAAUGGUUUAUGGAAGUUACAUUACAGUUUUACAGAUUCAGCAAGAGUGUUCUUUGAGAAAAUCCUCCCCUGUCUUAUUAUCAAGCCUCGAUACAUCUGGUUGGUAUUAUUCACGCUACUGGCAGUUGGUGGAGCUGUAUCUAUAUUUUACUACCCAAGUCUUCGUCUUCCGGACUCUACAGAGUUCCAGAUAUUCCAUGAAGAUCACCCUUUCGAAAAGUAUGACUUAGAGUUAAAAAGGCUAUUUUGGUUUGAGAAAGUUAAAGAAAAAGACCACUUUUACAAACUUCCUGUUACAUUUGUUUGGGGAAUUUUACCUGUGGAUAAUGGCAAUUAUUUAAAGCCACUUGAUAGUGGAUCUCUAGUAUUUGACUCAUCUUUUAAUUUUUCUGCUUCAGCUUCCCAGGAGUGGUUAUUAUCAUUUUGUGAACAGCUUCUAAACCAGAGUUUUUACCAGUCAACUCUAGGUCCUCUUCUUCCCAACUGUUUUAUUAGAACAUUUAAAACUUGGAUGGAGCGUAGAUGUGUUGAUGGUAUAUCUGCAACAGACCGAUCUCCAUGUUGCAACACCUCCAAAUUCCCCUACAGUGACAGUGUCUUUAACUUGUGCAUUAGAGAAGCUAUAGAUAUCUUUUAUCGAACACCUGGUUAUAACUAUUUUCUUCGGAGAACUCCUGGUCCUCGAUUCUCUGUCAAAACUGGAACUGUGCAAGCUAUAGUCAUUCAAUACGACAGCGUCUACACAUACUCCAAUUCAUAUACCCAUAUGAAAAACUUCUUCACAGAAGUUGAAACCUGGACCCAAAACAUGAUGAAAACUGCUCCUGAUGGAAUGAAAAAUGGUUGGUUUAUAAGUGACCUAGAAUUUUAUGAUCUUCAAGAUAGUCUUUCUCAUGGGACAGUUCUUGCAUUGGUGGUAGCUAUAUGUGUUGCUUUUAUUACUCUACUGAUUACCACCCUUAAUCUAUUGAUAAGUAUCUAUGCAAUCAUUACUGUAGCAUGUGUCAUUUUUGUAACUGUUGGAUCAUUGGUCAUUCUAGAUUGGAAACUGAAUGUAGUGGAGAGUAUUACUGUUUCAAUAGCCAUUGGUCUUGCAGUGGAUUUCAGUUUACACUAUGGAAUUGCUUACAGAGUUUCUUCUCAAGAUGACCGGGAAUCAUCAGUUGUCCAUUCUCUGAGUCGAAUUGGCAGCCCAGUUGCCAUGGCUGCUUUCACAACCUUCAUAACUGGUGCUCUGAUGUUCCACUCAGUAGUUCUAGCUUAUACACAGAUUGGAACUUUUCUAAUGGUGGUCAUGACAGUAAGCUGGCUGUAUGCUACGUUCUUCUUACAAUCUCUCCUCAGUGUGGUAGGUCCUCAGAAGGGGUCACUUCAGCUUAGUUAUCCCAGCCUGAACUGCUGUGAAGUGCCAAGCAGUGCUGUUGAUAAAACUGUUUAUGCCCUCUCAGAUUCCACUCUGUCCACGUCAAGUGCCAGCUACCCUACCCAAAUACCUUCAAGUGAGAGUCACGAACUGGAACCCUUGACCACUGUCAGAGCUGUACGAGCUGAAGUUCUCAAGCAUGUAAAGAGAAAACCAAAUUCUCGUCAUAACCGGCAACGCUCUGGUAGUUUUUCCUCUGCCUUGUCUCGCUCUAGAGACCCUACUUUCUCUAUUUCAACAGUUAGAAGCUCCAGAAAAGUUAGCCUUCCUAUUGUAAGUGUGACAUUCCAUGGAGAACCUAGUCCCAAACAUGUGUCAGGGGCCACAAGCUCAUCUACCAUUGUGUGUGCAGAGGAAGAAAAAGAGUUAAUGACUCCAACAUUAAUCAGAAGUGAUGAUAAUUCUGAUUCUGGAAGUCGCAGAAACAUCAUUGUUUAAGUUUACAUUUCUUUUUUGUACAGGGUGAAACUCAUCUGGUACGGGUGUUUUAAACAUAUGGGAGUGGUGCUAGGGUAAAAAUUAAUGUAAGUUAUUAUAAUGCUUGUAUACUUAACAUUUUUUAUUGAGAGUUUAAGCCAUAUGGGGAUUUUAAUACAUUUUUUUUCAAGAAAUUGUAAAAAACAAUCUAAAGCAAAUUCAUGUAUGCUCACAGCUGUAUGUCUAUAUUGGGGUUUUUCAUGAGCUCAUUUCUCAACCACAUCACUUUGUUGUAGACUAAACAUUACACAUUAGAGUGUAUUUGCAACUCAUAGGCUUGGACAUCAAAGUACACAAGUGCCACAUUGUUGUGAAAUCACACAUUUGUGUUUACCUUAACUCGAUUAUUAUACAUGUUGUGUUGUUGUUAUGAAGUCAACUUGGUGUGUUCAUGCCCUUUGGUGGUAUGAAAUGAGUAUUUUAAUGUUGUACCAUGUAGUAACUAAAAAGAUAAAUUUCUGUGAAAAUGUUAAUUGUAUAUCUUUACUUCAUAAAUAUGAUGGACUGUUAACAAGAAGCUUAAAUAGACAUAGAUCCUUACAAAGUUUUAUUGACUUGGUCAUUGCAGCUACCCAGGUUUUUCUUUGUUAUUUAGUUAAUUUGUUGAUGUUUUUCGGUUUACUUUCUUGAGUAAAACAAAACAUUUCCAAUGUUUGAUUAAAUCUGAUGCAAACUACUGGAAAACAAAACUUUAAUAUUGUUAAUCAUUCUUAAUUGUUUCAAAUAUUGCCUAACUAAAUUCAGGUAAAACUUGUAAAGCUAAACACAAAUCAAGGAAAACUUUAGAGCAAAAUCUUUCUCACAAAUUUCCUUCAUUAUGUUACAUACUUAUAUAAGCAAACAAAGUUACAUUAGAUUUUGUUUUUGUUCAACUUUUUUAUUAUGCAUGUGCUAAAUUUAGGUUCAUCACAGGCAGUGGUUCUGUUUUAACCAGUUGUAAUGUACUUGGUUCAGUUGUAUCAUUCUUUGUAUUUCUCCCAUAUUUCCAUUUGUGUUAGUUAUAGAUUUUAAUUUAAAUUCUUGAAUACUAUUUAAGAAACUGUGUUACAUGUUCACAUAUUUUACAAUAUUUUUGUUUUUAUGGCAUAUUCUGCCUUAUUUGUGUUACUUUAAAAAUAUUUGUCAAGUUCUGCAUUACUGGUGUUUCAGGAAACAAUAAAAUAAACAUGAUGUACAAGUCA